AUGAGCGACAACCUCGAACAAAUAGAUGCAUCAGAUUUCUUCGGUGAAGGCAUGUACUACCAGUCACUGAUCAUGGGCCGAGAUCUACAUCCGUUGUCGCUACAUUUUGUGAUGUUCAUCCCAACGAUACAGGGUCAAACCAACGACGAACAGCUUCGACGAGUGGUUGUCUUUAGCGAUCUCUCGCGGCAUUAUCGGCACUUAUGCACAGACCGAGCUCGGGCACGAAAUCUGGAAACUACUGCUGACGCGUACGAUCCGAAAACUGAGGAAUUCGUUAUCAACUCGCCAACCAUCACCUCUGCCAAGUGGUGGCCUGGCGCUCUCGGAAAAUCUUCCAACUAUGCUAUUGUUGUCGCUCAACUCUAUACUCAAGGGGUCUGUCAUGGACCUCAUCCAUUCAUCGUUCAGCUACGGGAUCUUGAAACUCACAAACCUCUGAAAGGCGUUCGCGUUGGUGAUAUUGGGCCCAAAUUUGGCUUCAAUUCCAGCGACAAUGGUUUCCUGUUGUUCGACAAGUACAGAAUUCCUCGGCAGAAUAUGUUGAUGCGAUACUCUAAGGUGGAACCUGACGGCACGUAUAUCGCUCCGAAGCAUUCUAAGCUCAGCUACGGUGCGAUGGUAUUUGUGCGUUCGAUAAUGAUCAAGGACCAAGCCACACAACUUGCUGCUGCCGCUUGCAUAGCAACACGUUACUCAGCAAUCCGACGACAGGGAGAAAUUGUGCCAGGGUAA